AGCGCCUGAGAGCGGCCCCGGGGAGCAAAGAGUCGAGGCUUACUUUCCCCUUUCCCUCGCUGUCAGUGUACGGGUGAACACUUAAAGAAUGAACGCUGAGGCCAAGUUUCCCAGAGCCGUCAGUAAAGCUGCCAGGAGGUUUCGGUGCGUCUCUAUGGUGAACAGCCUGGCUAGAAACUGGCAGAAGUGGGCAAAUGAACACACGGACAGGCAGCAAACACAACCGGUCGGCUGGCAGCCCAGCAGCUCCGCCGAGGAAGAUAAUGUCAAGUGCUGCCCGUGUGUGACCGAGAUGCAGACAGCGGGACAGCCGCAGCUCAAACCAAAAAGCAGCUCCAACGGGGAAGGUGUGGUGUCUGUUAAAGAACCCAUGGCAUCUCAGGAGAUUGGACCGUCCAUCAGGACUAUCCCCGUUGUUAAAACCGUGGGCGGCGGCAGGAAGACCGUGAAAAGCAACGAGCUGGUGACUAUGAUGACCGGGCGCUUCAACCAGCCGGCGUUGGAGGAGGCACCGAAGCCUUUUCUGGGCGACAGGUCCCCAACCCGAAGGCGUCUUCGCCUCAGCAAGGCGUCAGAGAGUGACGAGAGUUGGGCGACAGCAGAGAGGGAAGGCAAGGAGCCGAUGGCCAACGGAAGAGAGAAGAGGAAAGAGGGGGAUGAUGAAGAAGAGUGCGAGGGUAAGGAUGGAGGAGAUGACAGGGUGAAGAGGAAAAGGUUGGUCCAAAAGGUCCAUGUGGGCACGAUGGGAGAUCUGAGGAGCACUUGGCUAAGGUGGGCUGAGGAUCACAUCGAGAAGCAAAAACUCAACCCCUUCAGUGAGGACUUUGAUUCUGAUUACGCCAUGACCUUCCGCCUGAAGAAAGGAGACCGGGGCUAUGGGCGGCCCAAGGAGGGGAGCAAGUCGGCGGAGAGGGGCGAGAGAGCCCAGAGACACGUCCGCAGGGAAAUUGACGAACUGUGCUACAUCAUUAGUGACCUGGGCGCUCAAGGCAAGGACGGGAAGACCAUAGUCACCUUCGGCCGGCUCUUCGACAGAUAUGUCACUAUCUCGGAUAAAGUGGUUGGCAUUUUGAUGAGGGCGCGGAAACAUGGGUUGGUGGACUUCCCGGGAGAAAUGUUAUGGCAGGGCCAAGAUGACCAUGUCCUCAUCACCCUCCUGGAUUAACAGCUGAAUCCACAUAGCUAGAAUCAGAUCAAGAAUGACUCUUAAUGGAGCGCGGCAGAGAUUUUCAUUCUUAUUCUACUUUUUUCAAAGUGAAAGUGUAUGUACAGCAUCUCCUCAGAGCAGAGACUGUUGCAGUAUAUUUUGUACAUAUUUUUCGACCAAAGUUAGCAUUUCAGGAUUUCGAUGUUGGCGAUGUGAUUGAAAUAAAUAUGUAUCGUGCGCAUGGUUUUAAUAAAGAUUUGAUAUUGGUAUCGG